AUGGCGGAAUCAGUUGUGAAUGAGACAGUAGCGAAUCUCUCGGCUACUGUAAACGACACUGCGAAAAAUGUAACUGGCAGAGCAGCGGCAACUCCUGAAGGAUUGUUUGUGGCGUAUUCUAGUUUGGUUUUAAUGGCGCUUUUACCAAUAUUUUUCGGAUCAUUCCGCUCUGUGAAGUAUCUGAUCGAACAGAAGGUUAGUUGAUCACGAAUUUUUCUCAUUGAUUUUUCAAUAGCUGAUGUUUUUAGACAGGGUUUAUAUAGUUAUUUUCAAAGUUCUUCUGCCGUCUUAUGUGUUUGAUUUCACUGCAAAUGGAACGUUUCUUGAACUUAUUUUUUCGGCUUAAGAUCAUUUAAAUUUCGUUUAAAUUAAGAUUAAAGCUUACGUGUAUCGAAGUCUGUGGCCCAUUUGUUCAUGACCUUUUGAAAUGUAACCAUUGGCGGUGUUGAUCAUAGAACUGAGUUAAUUUUAAUGACACUGCGAAGUUGAAAGUUUUCAAAGUAAUUCACUCUCAUCCGCUUUAAGUUUUCCUUGAUACAUUAAGCCUACACGUGUAUUCCUCUUCGUAUAUUUCCCCAACAGUUUUUUCUUUAUUUUCUCAUUUGAUUUUAUGGGGGAUUUUCCCUCUUAAGACAAAUUUAUAGGCAACUUUGUAGGUUGGCCCUAUGUAAAAAAAACUCCCUAGAAAAAUCUAAUGAAACAAAUAACUUGCAGUAAGUGGGACAGAACAUGGCAAUAAACUGGUAGGAGCCAGUCGUACUAAGUUAAUCAAUGACAGUAGAUAGAUAGAUAAGAACUUUAUUUUAGCACGAUAAAAAGAUCAGCAUUGCUGGUGGGGUCGUGCAUACUAACAAUUACAAGAAAAAUAAGAAGUACGAUUAAAAACUAAAAACUGUUAAAAAUGUUUGAAAUAGGUCGUGAAAAUGUACAAUUAAAAAUUAAAACUGUUAAAAGUAUUCGUAACCGAUAUCUCUAUUUUUGGUAGUAGCUAAGAUUGGUUCGAAAUGCAUUUUAUCGGUAUCAAAUUUUACGAGACAGCGUUUAAAUUCUUUCAAGGUUUUGGCCCCUGUUUCCUUGUUCGUUAAAGUGUUCCAUGCGAUUGCUCCUCUAAAGCGUAUGGAGUUCCUGAUAAAAUUUGUUUCUGGUCUUGGAAGAAUGAUGUUCUCAUUUCUUCUGCAGCCUGAAUUCCUCUGUAAAAACAAAUUUUUAAAUUCCGUGACGGUGUAACCUUUUAAACAUUUGAAGACAAACUCCGUUAGUCGCAGUUUGUACAUUGUUUCCAAACUAUCCCAUCCAGUUCGCAUUAAGACAUCUUCAGCGCUUGUGUCCCAUGGCAGCCCAUUUACAAUCCGUCCAGCCCUUGCAUGGAGUUUCUCCAAGUUUUUUAGGUGUGUCUUGUUGCACGAUCCCCACACUGUCAGACCGUAUGUAACUGACAGUCGUUAUCGGAAAUCAGUGGAUAUCAUAGACAUUAAUUACAGAUAGCCCAAGCUCAAAAUAUGAGCAUCGGCAUAACUUUCGAAAGGAUUUGUAUGGGGAAAAAACCUAUCAUUUCUGUAACCUACGAAAAUGAAAGGAUUUCAAUAAAAAACAGCUUACCUUACAUAAAAUGUGUGUUACAUCUCUCCUGUGUGGUCCAUGGGCUGAUUUAUGGCGGUUUUUUGGGUUGGUUUCGUAAACGGUUUUCUCUCUCAAUGUAAGGUUUACUGGGAAAUCCAGUGAAGCGGCCCGAUCGAUCCACUGAAGGAAAACGGCCGUAAAUUCACUCCAACUGCCUCCAAAUUCAGUCUAGGUAACACACAAUAGUUCUGCUAUCCAUGUGUGAUCGUUCUUCAAGGUGUAUUUGCACUGAGGGUGAAUCAAGGGUUGCCAAUUUCUGCAAACCUUCCUGUGUGAAGCCAUCGACAGAACCUUGGUUUGAACUCCACGUUACCCAAACAGUUGAAGGUAGCUCAAGUUAAUCACGCUUUUACAUUUGUGGGCUACAGAAACAAUAAUUAUUGUUUUCAUCAUGUCUGUGGUGAGCUGAUUACAUAUUGAAUGGUCCCAGUUGAGGUUGUUGUAGUGCAUUUUAAGUGUAACCUAAAAAUAUAAAUUAUGUCAUGUCCAUAACAUGCUACAUGUACUUAAUCUGUAAUGCUUAAUCUUUGGAUUGUGCACUUUCACAGAAAAAUGGAGAGAAACCAGAAAGUAUGACUUCAAAGGAUGCUGCCAUGUUUCCCAUUAUUGCCAGUUGCACCCUGUUGGGUCUUUACAUCUUUUUUAAAGUAAGUUGACUUGUACAGAUUAUAGAUUCCUGAUAAACACUCAGUCUACCUUUUGUCGCAUUCAUCAAACAUGACAAUAAUAUUAUACAUCUACAUGUAGUUCAUCAUCACCGUCAGUCCCUUUUCUACAAACAGAGAAUAUGGCAAUAAAUUGCUUAGUUACCUGAGUUUAAAUGCUGGAUCAAGUUGUUCAAAGCUGGGUUAAGAUAACCCAGGGUAAGUAGAAAAUUUGAACCCAGAUACAAGAGCUCAAAAAGCAAAUUCGGUGUAAUUCUCUGUGCCUACAAUUUGAUGAUUGGAUAUUCUAAAAAGAAUACAGAAAACUAUCCGAGAGAGUGCUUUUGAUAAAAGGAAAAAGAAACCUGGGUUAAGUUUUAAGCCUGGGUUAGUGCAAACUGGCAUUCCAACAACUUGCCCUGGGUACAUACGGUAGCAUCAAGUAAAAAAUAGUAACUACAUUGCUGAAAACCAUAACUACUCUUUCCUCCAAGUUUCUUUUCUUUUCUUUUAUUUUGUUGCCAUUAGUUAUUCAGCAAAGAAUACAUCAACCUUCUACUUACUGUUUACUUCUUUGGUCUUGGAGUAUUGGCAGUGACACAUCUGCUAAGGUAAAUUGUUUUUCAUAGUUUUAUACAUCUCUCUCAGGCUGGAGUAAUACCGGGAUGUGGUUUUUUGUGGUGAUAAUGUUCCUGGGAAUGGUUAUAUUCACCUUCCUUAGACUUGUGGUAACCUACCUUGAUUUUGUGCAUGUACUUGUAACAGCACAUUCUUAGCCUUAACUAAUACCUAUAGAAGAACACUGUACUUUACAAAUAAAAUUUGACAUCUAAAUUUCAGACCAAAUGUUGAACUUCUACUGCCAGCAGCAUUUCCAAACAAGACAUACACCCUUGAUCUUACGGAGGGUAAAGGUGAUAAAAAAACAGGUAUCAAUUUUGGUACAUUGUGGUUUGAAAAAGUGUUCUUUCAUUUUAGAGUGUGAUUUUGAUUACAGAAUUAAUACUAUUUGAUUUCAGAACUGGUUAACUAUGAGUUUGACAGGAUAGACUUGCUCUGUCUUGGUGUUUCGUCUGCAUUUGGAAUAUGGUAUUUAUGGAAGAAGGUAAAGAGUUGUUUCUUUUAGGCUUCUCAUAUAGAGUGAGACACCUAAUGAGGAAACCAUUAUACAGUUUCUAUUGUAAGUGUAUAAUCAUCAAUCCUUAUCACACCUUCUGUUCCAUAGGGCAUGAACAAAAAUCUCAUCUAAAAUUCCUUUGUUUCAGAUGUGUGGCAGAAAGAACUAAAAUUAAACUGGCUGUCAAAUUUUAAAAUUCCAAUGUCCUUGUUUCACCAAUGGAUGCCAGGAGCUAAAAUGGCAACUGUCCCAAAUGAAUGUAACUGAGAUGAUCAAAAUAAUGAUUUUCAGCGAGCAAAUCAAGUUACAGUGUAUCGUUGAUUCUAAAUAUCACUGUUUGUACUUGUGUGAUUACUGUAGUAUUUAAGAUGGCUAAUUGCAGUCAAGGAAAAAUUAAUGAGUAACUUCACUAUGUUAUGAAGUAGCAGUACUUGUUGUAAGUUGGGUACAUUGUUAUAAUUUUGUUCCUCCCUCUGUAGCAUUGGAUUGCCAACAACAUAUUUGGUUUGGCAUUUUCUCUCAAUGGAGUUGAGCUUCUUCAUUUAAACACUGUUUCAACAGGCUGCAUCCUUCUUGGAGGACUCUUUGUUUAUGAUAUCUUUUGGGCAAGUACCUUAAACUGUUUACCCUUUAGUUAAUAGUGAAUACAGCAGCUGUAUGACAUGAUCCCAUAAGAAUAAAAGGUACAUCUCCCAUAACACAAAAUGCAUUGUUUAGAGCUCUUUUCUGUUCAACUGAAUUAAAAAAAAACAUUUUAUGCACAGUUAGGGAAAACAUACUGAACAUGGCCAUAUUUAAGAAAAAGCUAGUAAUAAAUUGCAGUAACCCAUGGAUAAUUCACUACUUUAACAUUAUUAUGUGCUAAGAAUAUCACACUGUGCUACUAACAUUCCCUGGUACAUGGCUGUCACUAAUAAGGGCAGGGCCAGGGGAUGGAAGUUUCCCCUGCUACUAUAUUCAUGAUCCCUAACUUCUUUUAUAGGAAACAAAAGGAAAAAAGAACCAAAUGAAUUUCCAAUAUGUUAUAUUUCCUGCCUGCUAGCUUCAUACACUAAGCAUCAUUUUUUUCUCAUUAUUGUUCAAGACAUUUAUCACAGUAACUUGCAAAUUCUCCAAAACAAUAAGUUAAUAAUUAAUAAUUAAUAAUAAUAAUAAUAAUUCACUUUUAUAGGGUGACAAUUAGAUAAUUCUGCUGUCAAGACUGCAGAACAGCUAAGGAGCUUACUUGCUAUCGCCUAAACUUUUAACUUAUAAGCUGUUCUGUUUACAAGUACAGUUUGUCUCUGUCUGUUUUGUGCUUGUUUUAUUGAUUUUGAAUUCUAUUUGAUUCAUAUCAUAUUUCAGGUUUUUGGAACAGAUGUUAUGGUUACAGUUGCCAAAUCCUUUGAAGCACCAAUCAAGUGUAGGUAUCUUGUCUGGCCUGUCAGGUCAUCUGCUAUACUGAACAGAUUGUCCUGAAUCCUGAUAAAAAGUUGGUUUUCAUAUAGCCUUUUUACAGGUUCACAAAUGAGGGACAGUAUCAAUUAUCAUGAAACUUCCUAAUUUCACUGGUGAGCCCGCUUUAUGGAGUAGGUGAACACAACAGAAAAAUUGUCGCUUUCUUUUUCUAAACUUAGAUAACAAUAGAUAUGCUCCCAAAGAAAAUUUUGCCAAGAUUUGGCAAAUUAAAUGAAAUUGAGUAAGAUCGGUAAAGUUUGAAAUGGUGCGAAUAGACUUUUAAGUGACUUUAUCAGUUUGUUGUCAUCCAAAAAUUUUGCUACCAUGGCAAUGUGACAUAAUGACUUCUCUCUAUUUACCAGUGUAAAAUAAGGACCUUUACCUUGUUAAUUACUUUUUCACAUAAUGAUCUAAUUAUUUUCACUUAUAACGUUUUAGUGAUUUUUCCAAUGGAUCUUCUUGAGAAGGGACUGGCUGCAUCCAACUUUGCUAUGUUGGGGCUUGGGGACAUUGUUAUACCAGGUGAAUAUGAUUAUUUUCAAGUCAAUGUUUGUAUGUGCACAGUACUACAGUGUAAUUUAUGGUUCUAUUCUAUCACUUGUUCACAUUUCAUUUUCUUUUAAUGUGUUUAGAUGUGGUAAUGCAUGAUAUUGAGUUCUACUCUAAAGGAAUAUAGGACUGUAAACCAAUGAUAAAAUGACGUGUUGUUAAAAAAUAUUACUUAAAUAUUAGCCACUAUUCUAUAAUUUAAUUAAGCUUCAUAGUCAAAAUAAUAAGCCAAAAAAAUAGUUCUGUAAACUACAUGUAGGUGUAUGUGGAAAUUGGAAACAAUAAGAAAAAAGUGCAUUAAAGAAAGAAAGAAAGCAGCAAAUUAACAUGCUUUUCAGUAUCAUUUUGAGAAAUGUUCAAGAUUUCAUGUAUUGGAAAGAGUUUUUACAAUGUAUGUUCUAGUAGGUAAAAUCCGUUCUAGGGUUAAGCUAUAUUUUUUUUUAUGAAUAAUCUGGGCUAGGAAACAAAGAACAUUUUGAAUCAAACAAGUGUGAAAUACCAGUUUGCACACAAAAAUGUACACCUUUGUUAGGCAUGGUAUAAAAAGUAAGCAAUAAGUAAAUUGUUUAUAAGUACUAACUCUUGUUUCUGAUGCUCUGUAGGAAUUUUUAUUGCACUUCUGUUACGGUUUGACCACAGGUAAAGAGAUUUUCCUAUUUUUUCAAUCAGCACUGUUUUUAAGUUUAAAUGUCGUUUUGGACCUCAAAUAUAUUUUUUAAAAACUCUUACCUGGUUUUCUCAUCUGAGCUGAUAACGGUUAUUAGGAUCGCCAUACUACUGCACAGUUGAGUUCCUACAAGUAUUGUAGCCUUGGAAUCUUUAUGGUUACAGUAGCGUAGUAUUCACACUUAUCCCCACUCAGUUUUAUGAGGAUUGAAACUAGUGAAUUGUAUUGUUUAAAACCUAUUUUGUCAAGUUCAACUGUAAUUGCAAAAUCCCUAGUUGAGUUACUGUUUUCUUUGUUGACAGUAGCAAGAAAGACAAGACAAGCCGAGUGUAUUUCUACUCUGGUUUCAUUGCCUAUUUUGUUGGCCUGGUAGUAACUGUUUUGGUGAUGCACACUUUCAAGGCUGCUCAACCAGCCCUGUUGUAUUUGGUGCCUGCAUGCCUGGGAACUCCCAUUACACUGGCUCUUAUCAGAGGAGAGCUUAAAGAGCUCUUUAAGUAAGUUAAAGCUAGAAAGUACUUUAAAUCCAUUCUUCAGGUAUGAUAUAAACUCCCGCCUAUAAGCUCUGGGCUUAUACAUCUUCGUGAGGUUGUUUAGGAGGGCUUAUAUCCAAUCCACUCGUUACCUAGACUACGAGUAGUCCCCCAUUUUUCCUCAGAUAGUAGAGCGAGCGAAACGCGAGCGCCCGUUAAAAUCACCCCACGCGAGAAAAGCGUGUCGCCUUUUCUCGCGUUGGGUAACUUUCACGUCCGCUCGCGUUUCGCUCGCUCUACUAUCCUUGAGGAAAAAUGGGGGACUACUCGUAGUCAACUCAUUACCGGAAUAGAUUGAGCGCUUUAAAACAAGCCAUCAAAAUACGUUAUGCAUUUCCUGGUUUUUAAUUAAGCUUCAAAACGUCACGAUAAAUCAAAUUCCUUUCAAUACAAGCAAUAGGGGGCCUUAUUUUCGGAUGUAUUUUUGAUGUUGUUGUUGUUUUUACAGGCAGAUGGGCCCUAUGGGGGCUUAAAAGCGAUAGUUUAUGGUAGUUUAUUAAGCGCAUUAGUAAUGAAGCUCCUUUGUGGUAUGUUGCUGGACUUGACCGUACACUAUGGUGAAUAGCAUUCCUAACUUUCUGAACUAACUAACCAACAGAAACGUGCCCGUUAAUUUAUUCAGUAAAUAUCUUUGAACAACAACAACAAAAACGUGUCCCGUCUUGGAGCCCCAGACCUGCAACACUAUGGUUUUCAUCUUUGAUUUUUGCGGUUUUUCAUGACCAGUCUUCUCUACUAACUACGCUAGAUAAGCGAUAUUGGACCAGCUAACUACACACAAACGGUGUCUAACUUCUAACUUUUGGGUCUUGAACAAGUGUCCAUUAGUACAAAACUUCUUCUGCAGUACUUCCAUGGUACGGCAUACCGGGAUAUCGGGUUCUUUCAUAUUUUCAACUUUUAUCUGAUACGUUAUUGAUUAUUACCAGUCUAAAUGCAAUUGCUCACUGAGAUAUUACCUUUUUAACCCUGAGAGAUCAUAUAAGGUGAAUGAUUACACUUUUCUUUUUUUUUAAAGGGAUGAACUCUUAAAGCCGUAGAAAUGCGUUCCUUGUAUCGCUGAUUUUCAGUUCUGUUUUUGGAAAAAGCGGCUAAUCUCCCUUUUUCUCCUCAGGUAUGAAGAUAAUCCGGAAAAAGAUCACAAGGAAACGGAAAAGAAGGAAGAAGGCGAAGAGGUCAAUAAUGAUGCAAAGAAAACCGAAUAAAUUAUAAGAACAAAGAUCUAGAACUAAUAAGUUUACCCCUUGUUGAACUCUAAGCUUAAACUUGACAAAACUUAGAAUUUGGAAGACUCGCCAGUGAAUCUAAAAGCGCCUACCAAAAGUUGGAACUGACAGGCCGCCAGCCGUACCGGUCAUUUUGAAAUUGAAAGAAGUUUAAAAACAAGCCUUGUCUUCGAAAAUUUUGUCUUAAAACCCCUCACCGCUGAGUGCACUAUUUAGGAAAAGACUGCUCUGUCUGGACAGACCUGAUAAAUGCUUACCGGUCGUUUCGAUGGAAGUUGAUUAGGUCGAGGAGUAAAUAGUUUCACCUACCUGGCUUAAAGAACGAAGAAUAUUCACCCCAUUUAUUUUUUCUUUUUACGCCCAAAUUGUACUUUAGUGUUCGAAAUCGUUGUGCAGUUUCACUGCUUGAGUUCGUAUCGAAAUACACUGCUGAACAGUCCGUUUUUUUGCCUUUUGGCAAAGGCGUGAAGCGCGCAAGCCUCGCUCACCCGCAGGCCUAUCGUUUGACCGCUCUCGCACGUUCUUUAUCCAGGCAAACAUACGAGCUGUUUUGUAGUCUAGUAUCGAAACGACCGGUUUCCUGAUAAAUAGUAGAGUUCCCCCGGUUCACAACUAGACUGGUUUGGCCUGCUAGUUCUGGCUAAAGGUAGUAGCGCCUUUCUCAAAGAGUUUUGUCAGAGCGCUUUCAUUUGAAUGUAAAAUCGUAGGAUUUCGUCGUCUGUUCCGUUUAAAAGUCAAAAUAACUAGAAAUCUCAUGACUUGGUCGAGGAGUGAAAGUGCUUUAAAAUAUCCUUUUACUGCCAGAAACAUUAAAUGCAAACUUGGAAAAUGAAAGGAAGAACGUCUUCGAUAUCAAAGAAAUACUCAGCGGUUUUACUUACAUAUUCUCACUCUGGCAUCAUUCCGCAUGAUAAAGUAUACAGACUCAAAAGUAAAACAGUAAACUCUUAAAAUCGAAGGCUCAAUGACAAUUCCAGUCCAGUUUUUGGAAAAAAAGAAAGGACGGUAGAGGACAGUGUGUUAAGAGAACACCUUUCUUUUGUUUGUGUAAGUCAUGGUCUUCUUAGAUGCAGUUAACUGAGAGCUAUUUAUUUAACUGUUAUUUUAAGGCGGUGGUUGAGAUUCACGCUACAACCCAUCAGUCUUGUAGAAUAAAAUAACGUUGCAU